UGACCCCUGACGGAGGGAAUAACUAUUUUACAUCACAUCAAGAACCUAUUUUGAUACGGUUAUUAUUUCUUCAGAGAAUUACAUGUUUGAAGAUUUUUACGCCGUCUUUAUUUGUAUUUUGUUUGUUCAUGUAUUUUCUUAAGACGUUUUAGUGUCUGAGAUGUGGGGCCGCCUUCUUUUAGCAAGAUACCACCUGUUCGCGCUUGGGGAAGAAGUUGAUAAUAAUGUGAUGAUCGUUCAUAUCGGUUGCUGGUCCCCAAGAUAAGUGACGAACAUCUUUUUCAUACUGUUGUUUAUGAUGUUUUCCUUUUGCUAUAUGUUGUAUAGCAACACCUAAUUCUUUUAAAUAUAACUGUGAAUAGAAAAAAAAACAUUCUCAUACAUGUUCUAAAUCUGUUUUUAAUUAAGUAAUGGCCUAAACAUGAACUUACGCCUCAUUCGGUGUUCCUAUUGGCUGAAUGCGCCUAUAAAUCCCGCCUCCUUCAGCUCGUGAUACGCCGAGGCGCUUGUCAUUUUGCGAGCCUCCGACAUACGUCUAACGGCAAUGAACUGUCUUCACCGCGGACGCUUUUGCUCGGGGAUCCUGAAAGCGCGACUGCUGUACGUAUUCAUUCAUGCAAAAAAAGGACUUGACACCAGUUUAAAUUCCCAUUCCCCGAUGCUUACCUGCGUUGUCCGUUCAGAAAUCUCAGCAAGAGCAGUGCUUGCACACUUAUCCCAGUAAUGGUUUAAGACGGUAUGAUAUUUGAAAAGCGCGUAUGUUCUAACAGAGAGCCAAAGUCCCUUUUCAAGAAAAUCCCCUUCCAGUUACACAAUCACAGAAUAACAAAAGGUGGUUCAUUAGCUCCUCCCCUACGAGUAACAAACAGUAACCACCUCCAAAGCUCCCCAUGUAAAGAACGUCUUUUAAUGGUGAGUGUGGAUUCCCGAGGAAGUGGAGCGGGAAUUUACUAGCGUGUUAAAUGAAAGCAGAAUUAGGAUCGAUCGUCACCACAUCCUCUAAUGCCAACUUUGGUGGGGGGGUCAUAAGAAGGAGACUUCAAAGAAACACGGACAUUCCCACCAUAGCUUCUGGGACUUUGUGACGGCAACACGGUGGUGAUCACAAACUCUCAGUGAGAGCUUCUUUAGUCCAUGUGUCAUUUCAGUCUUGGAUCAAAGGGGACCCCAAUUCUUGUAGCCUUCACUAAUUUCCACAGCCUGACGUACUUCUACGAAUGUUUGAGUCCAUAAAUGAAUAACAGCAGAAUCAAUGCGACUCACUUUGGAUACAUGUGGCUUAUAAGCAGAUGUUGAAGAACAUGGCUGAACAAGAAGGAAAGAGAAAAAGUAACUGCAUUUAAGGCGGCUGAUACCACCAAGCUGGAUUGGAGAACCGAUGUUUGUGGUGGAAUACUAAGGACGGCAGCACAGGUGACGGUCCCGUGUUCGGGUCUGGACAAGCUUGCGUGGUUGCCAGGUGACCAUGGACUCGGCCAAGUAGGAGCUGCUCCACCGAAACCCUGAGAUGAACAGAUUUCCGACGUCAAUGAGAAAAUUGCGAGUGACGCCACCCUGCGUGGCAGGACCACGUUAUGGUGACCCGAGGCACCCAGCUCACCGGCCGUGAGUGGACCGUCCCCGAGGCUCCCAGAUGGCAGCCGUGUGUCCGAGCAUGGCGCCCGACUCUGGUGGCGGGACCCAGCGCUACGCCCGCUGGAGCCACCAGGACAGCUCCGACAUCUGCACGGAUGAUGAGGGCGGCCCGCCGCGGCGACUCACGCCCCUGGAGAAGCUCAACCUGGACAUGUGCCAGGAUGACAGGGUGGUGCGUGAGCUGACGGUGGGCCGCCGCAUCGGCUUCUACAAGGUCCGCGGUGAGAUCGGCUGCGGGAACUUCUCUCAUGUCAAGCUGGGCAUCCACGCCCUCACCAAAGACAAAGUGGCGAUAAAGAUCCUGGACAAGACCAAACUGGACCAGAAGACGCAGCGGCUGCUGUCCCGGGAGAUCUCCAGCAUGGAGAGGCUGCAUCACCCCAACAUCAUCCGGCUGUACGAGGUGGUGGAGACGCUCUCCCGCCUGCAUCUGGUCAUGGAGUACGCCCCGGGAGGGGAGCUCUACACCAAGAUCAGCCUGGACGGGAAGCUGUCCGACACGGACAGCAAGAUAGUCUUCUCCCAGAUCCUGUCUGCAGUGAAGCACAUGCAUGACAACAACAUCAUCCACCGGGACCUUAAGGCAGAGAACGUGUUCUACACCUGCAGCACAUGCGUCAAGGUGGGCGACUUUGGCUUCAGCACCAUCAGCCGGCGGGACGAGACCCUGAACACGUUCUGCGGCUCGCCUCCUUACGCUGCGCCAGAGCUCUUCCGUGACGAGCACUACGUGGGCAUUUAUGUGGACGUGUGGGCACUGGGCGUCCUGCUCUUCUUCAUUGUGACGGGCACCAUGCCGUUUCGCGCCGACACAGUGGCCAAACUGAAGCGCUGCAUCCUGGAGGGCGCCUACACCAUCCCGCCCUGGGUGCCCGAGCCGUUCCAGCAGCUCAUCCGCGGCAUCUUGCAGCCGCAACCCUCAGAACGCUGGGGCGUGGAUCAGAUGAUGGGCUGCGAGUGGCUUCUGCCAGUGGACUUCCCCAGGGCCAUGGAACCCUUCCAGCUGAACCCCCUGCAUCUGGCGGAGUCGGAGCCCAGUGAGCUGGAGGAGGACGAACUGGAGGUGAAGGCCACACUGGAGGCACUGGGCAUCACGACGGAGCACAUCCGCAAUAACCAGGGCAAGGACUGUCGCAGCUCAAUCACCGGCAUCUACCGCAUCCUGCUGCACCGUGCGCACCGCCGGCGAGCCAUGGAAAGCAUGCCCGUCGUCACGCGUGUUCCCGCCGACCCCAAGAAGGAGCGUCUACACGCCUACCGGAGCCUGCGGCACACUUCAAAGCUCUGCGUGAUCCUCUGACGGAUUCCCAACAACAUCACGGACAGCCAGACUUGCAGCACCAGCCUGCAGACAUUCAGCAGACUGUCUGUCCAGAUUUUAUUACAUCAUUGUCACAGUUAAUAUAUUAAUAUAUUUUUUGAAUUUUGUUUUGAAAAGAAAUCUGAUAAUGAAGGGUUUUGAUACAAUAUAAUGUGAUAUAAGUACAAAUGUUCCUCGCCCAAAAACACUGAUUGGUUGUGUGAUAAUGAAUCAUGACUGUUACUGUUAAAAGCAAAUUAACAUGUUUCCCUCUCCUGUUGAAGCUUAUUCCUACACAAUAUGCUGGACAGAAAAGAACUAAUUUUCCAAGUAACAUUAAAAUUAUAAACAACUAUAUUAAAUUGAUGAUUUUUUUUAACACUACGUCAAAAUGAUAUGGUUGCCAUGAUGAAAUAGCUCAUUGUGCUUUUCUGGUACGUCCUUUCAAUAGGACCACUGUGUUCCCAAGUUACUAUGAAGCAUGAAAUCGAAUCUUUAGGCUGUAGCAAUGCGCUUAUGCCGACUGCAGUUAUCCCGUAAACUUUUAAGUCCCAAACGUUUUAGCAUGCGAAUACGGCACUUUGCCAAAAGUUGCAGAUUCAAUCGGUGCUUGGUAUGCCUUGUUUUGGUAUGAAUUACUGCAGUAGGUAGUUCAAUUUACUUUGGAAACCCUGAAAUUAACUGUACUGGAAGUGAUUCAUUACACUCUUAAAACAUUUUAAAUGUACAAAUAUUCACCGGCUUAUAAGGGAAAUACACAGAAAAACAUUCAUCAUGUAUCACGUUGCUACGUUACGUUGCUACGGAGGUCAAGUGACGUUUAUCUUCUAAAUAAACACAACUGGAAGUAAAACAAGCACAAAUGUGUUUUAUCUGAACUCCUCUGACAGAA